GCAGCAGCAGCAGGAGCAGCAGCAGCCGCCGGAGCAGCUCGGGGCCGGAGCCAUGUCGAUGCUGCCGUCUUUCGGCUUCACGCAGGAGCAAGUGGCGUGCGUCUGCGAGGUCUUGCAGCAGGGCGGCAACCUGGAGCGGCUGGGCAGGUUCCUCUGGUCGCUGCCCGCCUGCGACCACUUGCACAAGAACGAGAGCGUCCUGAAAGCCAAGGCGGUGGUGGCCUUUCACCGGGGCAACUUCCGCGAGCUCUACAAGAUCCUGGAGAGUCACCAGUUCUCGCCGCACAACCACCCCAAGCUCCAGCAGCUCUGGCUCAAGGCGCACUACGUAGAGGCCGAGAAGCUGCGGGGCCGGCCGCUGGGCGCCGUCGGCAAGUACCGCGUGCGGCGGAAAUUCCCUUUGCCCAGGACCAUCUGGGACGGGGAGGAGACCAGCUACUGCUUCAAGGAGAAGUCCCGGGGCGUCCUGCGGGAGUGGUACGCGCACAAUCCUUACCCGUCGCCCCGGGAGAAGAGGGAGUUGGCCGAAGCCACGGGCCUCACCACCACCCAGGUUAGCAACUGGUUUAAAAACCGGAGGCAGCGAGACCGAGCGGCGGAGGCGAAAGAGAGAGAAAACACUGAAAACAACAAUACAUCUACCAACAAACAGAACCAGCUGUCUCCUCUGGAUGGGGCCAAGCCACUCAUCUCCAGUUCCGAAGAGGAGUUUUCGCCUCCCCAAAGUCCAGAUCAGAACUCCAUUCUCCUGCUCCAGGGCAACCUGAGCCAUGCCAGGAACUCCAGCUAUUCUUUGACCGGCUUAACUGCCUCACAGCCAGCCCACGGCCUCCAGCCUCACCAACAUCAGCUGCAGGAAUCCCUCCUAGGCCCUCUCACUUCCAGUUUGGUGGACCUGGGCUCAUGAGUUUGCUCCCCCACGGAAGGUGGGGCUUGUAGAUAAGGGAACUGUGUCAUACUUUUUUUCUCCCCCUCCCCGCAACCCUUGUUUUGUUUUUUUCCAGAAUGUUCCUGGUGGUUUUUAAAAUGCCUUUUAAAAAUCGCUUCUAAAUCAUCCCGGUUUCCAUUUCUCUUUAUGCAACACCUCUCUCGCGAAACCAUCUUAUGGGUAGCCAAACAAAGAGAGAACAUCCACCCUGGGUGUCAUCCCUCCAUUGCAUCCUUUUCCACUGACUUAAUCUUUCCUGAGUUGGAAUGACAGACAAGUUGUUGCAUUUUAUUUAAAAGGACAGAGAGAGCAUCACCAAGCCAGGUUAAGCACUUAGAUUCCAUCAGUUUCAAAGAGAGAUUUAAGCACUGUGGGUUUUAACUGGGACCCGUGUCCUAUCUUCUGUUUUGUUUCUGUAGAGGAAAAGAAGGCAAAUAUUUUAUAGCAGAAUCCUAAGCAUCCUAACUCAAAAAAUAAGGCCCAUUAAAUAA